AUGCUCAAGGGUAUCCUCAAACCGUAUAGAUUACUUCACAGUCCAAUGAGGCGUGGAAUUCCAAAUGUCAUCUCACUUUCCGAAGUCGAACUGGAUAUCCGCAACUUACUUGUUGAUUAUUGUAACCACUACAAUGCAUCCCAUCGAGACAAGCCAUUGAUUUUGAGAAUCACUGGAGGGUGGGUUAGAGACAAGUUGCUUGGGUAUGACAGUCACGACAUUGACAUUGCUGUUAACCACCUUUCUGGGGAGGAGUUUGUACACAACUUCCAAGAGUACUUAAAGAGCAAAGACCCCCAAUUUUCUGUCAACCACGUACACACGAUAAAGAUGAAUCCCGAAAAAUCAAAGCAUUUGGAGACUUGCACAACGAAAUUGUAUGGAAUUGAUUUGGAUUUUAUCAAUUUGCGGUCGGAGGAGUAUGCACACGAUAGCAGAGUGCCGACGAUUGAGUUUGGUACGCCACUCCAAGACGCAUUGAGACGUGACGCCACUUUGAAUGCAUUGUUUUACAACCUCAAUGAAGAAAAGAUCGAGGAUUUUACUGAAAAAGGGAUGGAUGAUUUAGACAAGGGAAUACUAAGAACGCCUCUUCCUCCAGUGAAAACCUUUUUGGACGAUCCCUUGCGUAUUCUCAGAUUGAUUCGGUUUGCCAGUAAGUUCAACUUUGCAAUUGAGCUGGAGACGUUGGAUGCAAUGAGAGAGAAACACAACCAACAAGCUCUUCUGACAAAGAUAAGCAAAGAGAGGAUUGAAAUAGAGUUGAGGAAAAUAUUAACUAGUCAUAACCCAAGCUACGGAUUACAGUUGAUCAAUUACUGCGAUCUCAGCAAGUGCAUAUUCUUUGUGGAGGAGCUUAAGAAGGAGUUUGAUGUUUACCAAUUGGAGUUGGCAUUGAGCAAAAUUCCCCAUCAGGUUAAUGUCGCUAGUGCAAUAUACCUCACUUUUGAGCAACUUAUCCUCGACUCAACCAUUAAAUCAACUUUCCAAAAGUUCCUAGCAGAUGGUGACGCGAGGUUCAAUUUUUGGCUUGCAGUAAUUCUACACCCUUACUCCAUCGUCACAACGAAAACCAAAGACAUAUACCAUCAGUAUUUGAGAUUGGGGUUGAUGGCGAAAAAGAGUGACAUCACAAGAGUCUCCACCAUUAGUCUAACAAGAAACGAAACACUACAAAGAUACUUUAAAGAUCCAGCCAGUGUAAAAAGAUCAGACUUGGGAACCUACUUGAGACGUUUUCCAGGGUAUAUGGACCUCAAUUUGAUUGUACAAUGUUACCUUGAAUGCGUGGAUGCUAUCCGAAUGGAAACACCAGUGGAGAUUCCCGUGCCAAACCACAGAGUCCAAUGUACCAGUGACCAAGUGAAAACAAUCCAAAGCAUUAUCGCCAAGUAUGAGUCAUUGUACUCCACGAUCAAGUCGCUAGAUCUAAUCGACGUGCACUUAGUGAAACCACUUCUUGAUGGAAAUCAACUAGUAAAGUGUCUCACGAGGAAACCGGGUCCAUGGAUGAAGCCAGCUAUAGAUAAUGUGUUGGUGUGGCAGUUGGAUAACCCUCUGGGUACAAAAGACGAAUUUAAGUUGCCCACCACCAUGUCCAUUAAUAAAGUACCCAUCUUGGGUAAGGAAUCGAUACAUGUGGGCUAUGAAAUACAGCCUCACAUUGUCAGUGAGACAAUUGCCAACUUGGCUUCAUCGACCUAUGUGAUUAUCAGUGACACCAACAUGGCAAAAACUCACACUUUCAAGAAAUUGGUGUCAGACUUUGAGAGUGAACUUCAAAUAAAAAGACCAGAGUCAAGACUCUUGACAUACUUUGUACCUCCUGGAGAAAACAACAAGAGCCGUGAGACAAAGGCUGCAGUGGAGGAUUUCCUUUUGAAUAAAGGAUGUACUAGGGAUACCGUUAUACUCGCAGUUGGUGGAGGAGUCAUUGGUGACAUGAUUGGCUUCGUUGCAGCAACAUUCAUGCGUGGAGUAAGAGUGGUACAAGUCCCCACCACAUUACUAGCAAUGGUGGAUUCAUCAGUUGGUGGAAAGACCGCCAUUGAUACACCUUUGGGGAAAAACUUUAUCGGGGCAUUUCAUCAACCGCAAUAUGUCUUUUGUGAUGUUUCCUUUUUGCAAACGUUGCCAGCCCGGCAAUUUAUCAAUGGGAUGGCUGAAGUUGUUAAAACUGCGGCAAUUUGGAAUGAAGAAGAGUUUACAAGAUUGGAGGAGUUUGCGCCAAAAUUCAUUGCCGAAGUGACUUCUGAGAAGCCCAAUUUGGAAAGCAUUAGAAAAGAGUUGGUGAAAACUGUUUUGGAAUCAGUAAGAGUCAAGGCCUCCGUUGUAUCGGCAGAUGAAAAGGAAGGUGGAUUGAGGAAUUUGCUAAACUUUGGACACACCAUUGGCCACGCCAUUGAAGCUAUUCUCACACCCGAAGCUCUCCACGGUGAGUGUGUUUCAAUUGGAAUGAUCAAGGAAGCUGAACUAUCAAGAUACUUGGGAAUACUACCACCAGUUGCUGUUGCCAGACUCUCCAAAUGCCUUGCAGCAUACAGGUUACCAGUCUCUGUUGAUGAAAAGAACUUCUCAAAGAUUGUUGGGGGUAAAAAGUACAACUUAAAGAUUGAUCUGUUGAUACAAAAAAUGUUGAUUGACAAGAAAAACGAUGGUAGUAAGAUUAGAUGUGUUUUGUUGGAGAGAAUUGGCAGAUGCUACGAACUCAAGGCACAUCAGAUCUCAAAAGACGACUUGAAAUUUGUCUUGACUGAUGAAGUAUUGGUUCACCCAUUUAAGGAAUUUCCAGACUUUGUUACAAUCUCACCACCGGGCUCAAAAUCAAUUUCCAAUAGAGCUUUGAUACUUGCCGCAUUGGGUUCUGGUACUGUCCAGAUCAAAAACUUGUUGCAUUCCGAUGACACAAAGCACAUGUUGGAUGCAUUGUCUGUGUUGAGAGGUGCCUCGAUAUCGUUUGCAGACAAUGGGGAGACUGUUGUUGUUGAGGGCAAUGGAGGAGAUUUGUUUGCCAGUGAGAAAGCCUUGUACUUGGGAAAUGCGGGAACUGCCUCCAGGUUUCUUACUGCUGUUGCAUGCUUGGCAAAAAGUUCAGACAACUCGCAUGUCAUCUUGACAGGUAAUGCUAGAAUGCAAGAGAGACCUAUUGGCCCAUUAGUCGAUGCUUUAAAGUCGAAUGGGUCAGAAAUUGAAUACUUGAAAAAUAGCGGCUCACUUCCAUUAAAGAUAGCUGCUGGGAAAGGACUCCGUGGAGGGAGAAUAGAGUUGGCCGCUACUAUUUCAUCUCAAUAUGUGUCAGCCAUUCUCAUGUGUGCACCAUAUGCUAAGGAGCCUGUCACUUUAUCGCUCGUUGGUGGCAAGCCAAUAUCUCAGUUGUACAUUGACAUGACUUGCGAAAUGAUGAAGCAGUUUGGUGUUGAGGUUACAAAAUCAACAAUCGAACCAUACACAUACCACAUCCCCAAAGCUGCAUACAAGAAUCCUUCUGAAUAUGUUGUGGAAUCAGAUGCGUCAUCUGCAACUUACCCAUUAGCAUUUGCUGCGUUGACAGGCUCCUCCUGCACAAUUCCAAACAUUGGAUCAUCUUCAUUGCAAGGGGAUGCAAAGUUUGCAGUGGAUGUUUUGAAGCCAAUGGGAUGCGAAGUCAAACAAACAGCAACAUCUACAACCGUCACAGGUCCAGCACAAUUGAAUGCUUUGACCAGUGUUGACAUGGAGCCAAUGACAGACGCAUUCUUGACUGCUUCCGUUGUGGCUGCUGUUGCCAAGGGAACAACUACCAUUACCGGUAUUGCAAACCAAAGAGUCAAGGAGUGCAACAGAAUCAAAGCAAUGGUUGAUGAAUUGGCAAAGUUUGGUGUCAGGGCCCAUGAAAUUGACGAUGGUAUAGUAAUUGAAGGUGUACCUUCAAGGGAUUUGAAAACUCCAUCAGUGGAAAAAAGAGGUGUACAUACCUACGACGACCACAGAGUGGCCAUGUCGUUCUCACUACUAGCCGGGUUGUGUAAGCAACCAGUGUUGUUAUUAGAGAGGUCGACAACAGGAAAGACGUGGCCCGGAUGGUGGGAUGUAUUGCACUCGAAAUUUGGUACUACCCUUGAAGGUUACGAGCCACUGAAACCAGCAUCUAUUUCCACGAAUGGCGAAAAAAGUAUUGUGGUGAUUGGUAUGAGAGCCGCAGGUAAAACUACCCUUUCCAAAUGGAUUGCCAAGUACUUGGGAUUCAAGUUUCUCGAUUUGGACGAACAUCUCGAAGAAAAGCUCGGUGUUGAUAUCAAAACGUUGAUCAAGGAGAAAGGUUGGGAUUACUUUAGACAUCAGGAGUCUUUGUUGGCUGCAGAAUGCUUUGUGCAAUACUCCUCUGGUUAUGUGCUUUCCAGUGGUGGCGGUCUUGUUGAAAGUGAAGAUGCAAGGAAGCAACUUCAAGGCUACAUUGCCAACAAUGGUAUUGUUUUGCACUUGCACCGCGAUUUAGAGGAAACUGUCACAUUCUUGAAUUCAGAUGCCACACGUCCUGCUUUUGCAUCCGAGGUUAAGGACGUCUGGUUGAGAAGGGAGAAAUGGUACCACGAGUGUUCCAACUACCACUUCUAUGCUCCACAUUGUUCAACCGAUGAUGAUUUUGCCAAAUUGAAGAAGGUUUUCUUAAAGUUUAUUGGCAAGAUUACUGGUUUUGAAGUGUUAACCAUCCCUAAAUCUCGUUCUGCUUUUGUCACUUUGACGUACCCAGAUGUGAGGGAUGCAUUAGACAUUUUGCCAGGAAUCACAGUGGGGGCAAAUGCCGUUGAGUUGAGAGUUGAUUUGUUGGCAAAAUAUGAUCCUGCAUACAUUGCUGAUCAAGUGGGAUUAUUAAGAAAAACUGUGGAUCUUCCAAUAAUCUACACCAUUAGAACCAAAUCACAAGGUGGUAAUUUCGCUGACGAGGAUCUUGAUUCCAUUAGGUCGUUGCUUUUGUUUGGCAUCAAAAUUGGUGUCGAUGUUAUUGAUUUGCAAUUGAUCUCACCAAAUGGCAUUAUUGACGAAGUGAUGUCAAAGAGAAGCAACACCAAAGUCAUUGCAUCCCACCAUGAUUUCACUGGUCAAUUGAAGUGGGAUAAUGUGGAAUGGAAGACUAAAUAUGACCAAGGGGUGGCUAUAAAUGCCGAUAUUGUCAAAUUGGUUGGAAAGGCUAUUGAUUUCAAUGACAAUUUGUUGUUGGAGAAGUUCAGAAGCGAAAACACAGCCAAGCCUUUGAUUGGAUUGAAUAUGGGACCCAAGGGGAAGCUUUCAAGAGUGCUAAACACUGUAUUUACCCCAGUCACCCACGAUCUAAUCACAGACAAACCACAAGGGGUAGGACAGUUAACAGUCAAGGAAAUCAAUGAAGCCUACUAUCAAAUUGGUGGAUUUGUCGACAAAAAGUUUUGGGUUGUUGGGUCUCCAAUUGAGCAUUCCAGAUCACCUGCAUUGCACAAUGCAGGGUACGAGGCAUUGAGCUUGCCUUACAAGUUUGACAGGUUUGAAUCAAGUGAUGCAGAGGUUGUUUAUCAGAAGUUGAUGUUGAGAUCUGAUUUUGGUGGAUUGGCAAUUACUAUGCCAUUGAAGUUGGAUAUGAUGAAAUACGUCACGCAACUUUCGGAUGCAGCCAAGUUGAUUGGUGCCAUCAACACAAUAGUCCCUAUCAAGGAUGGCUUCCUUGGCGACAAUACUGAUUGGGUGGGUAUAACAAACUCCUUCAAGCAGAGUGGAUUUGUUGGAGGCAGCCAUGUCUCUGGAUUGGUUGUCGGAGGUGGCGGCACUUCAAGAGCGGCAAUUUAUGCUUUGCAUCAAUUGGGAUGUGAAAAAAUCUAUUUACUCAACCGUACUGUAUCCAAGUUGCAUGAAAUUGUCAAUACUUUCCCCAACGAGUUCAAUCUUGAGGUGGUUGAGCUGGUAGAACAAGUUCGCGGCAAAUCAGUGUCAUUGGCCGUGUCGUGUGUCCCGUCAUCGGCACCGUUGGAUGAUGUCUUACUAAAGAGGCUCGAGAUUAUCUUGAACUCUAACAAGCCUGCGGUUGGAGAAGACGCGCCAUUACUUUUGGAAGCUGCAUACAAGCCACGGAUCACACCAGUGAUGGAAUUGGCAGAGGAAAAGUACAAUUGGAAAGUCAUACAAGGAGUUGAGAUGUUGGUCAAUCAAGGUGAGGAACAGUUCAAGAUCCACACAGGCUUUGCUCCACCAUAUGAUGUUAUCCAUGAAGCAGUAGUUGCUGAUGAUUAA